AUGGUUAAGAGUAAGACAGUGACUGUAACUGAAAAUACAAAGCAAAAUGAUAUGCAAAAUGAAAGUGAAAUAGAAAGUGAUAAAAUGUGUACUAACCAAGAGAAGGAGAAAAUAGGUGACAUGAAUAUGGUUCAAGGCCAGACAGUGACUGAAAUUAUAAAUAAAAAUGAAGCGAAUUGUGAUGAAACCCCGGGUGAAAGCGAAAUUAAUACAGAUGCUAGCACAGGUAAGGAUAUUGUGGAAGGUACACAUACAUCAGGACAGCACACCUUAUCAAUUCAGUCAAUUAUACCUUUAUUACAACGGGCCCAAAAUAAAAGGAUAAUUUUAAACAUUGGGGGUCAGAGGUUUGAGGCAUCUCGUGUAACCCUACAAAGAGUGUCUUGCUCAAUUCUAUCAGAAGUUGUGUCUGAGGGAGGAAUGGUCCCGAAAAAUGGAAAUAUUUAUUUUAUUGACCGUGACCCAGCCCACUUUCGGUUUGUGCUGAACUACCUAAGAAAUGGGGCGUAUGACCCCAUGAUUUAA